GUCUGCAUUGCGGAACGCAACUGAUUCUUUGUUAUGAAAUUAGACAUUUAUUGAGUUUUUAUGUAUUUUUAUUGAAAUAAUAUGUGGGAAAAAUUAUGUGAAUUUAGAAUAUCGACGAUCGUCAUUAUGUAUUGUGAAUAACAGUUAUCAAAAACAUCGUUUUACAACUGGAUAUUACGCCAUUUUCAGUGAUAUAUUCAGCAGAGCGAGCCUAGCGCUUAUGAUGCGUAUAAAAACAUGUUGCGUUGAAAAAUGUGAAUCGUCGGCAUCCCGGUCGGAAGAUGUAGGUGUAACCUUUCAUAAGUUCCCCAAAGACUUCAAGUUACACAGAUCAUGGCUUGAAGUUACCCACCAUACACCUUGUAGCAAUGCUCCCUCGUUUGUUUGCUCCAGACACUUUCGAAAAAACGAUUUUAAAGUCUAUCAGGAUUCAAAAUAUGUACUAAAAUCAGAUUCUAUACCUUCUAUAUUUACUUGGACACACAAAAUGGCAGAUACAGAGCAAAAAGACGAAGAAUCAAGCAACACACACAAUUCUUCUGGUAGUAGUAAGGAGUCAGAAGAAAAUAUUGACACUAUAAUGAAGUUCAUGGAACAACAGGACAAAGAAAAGGAUGAGAAAAAUCAAAAUAAUGUAAAAUGUAAUGAUUCUCAGUCAAAAAAUAUUUCAAGGGGAGGGGAGGGGAGUGCAUCUAAAGAUGCAGUGAAAGCCGAUGUGAAAUCAGCAAGUAGUGUCCUAGAUAUGUUGAUGAGUGAGACAGAAAAUAAGAUCGAGGCCAAGAAAGAAAUAAAGACAACCCCAAAACCGAGCCCUACCUCUGGGGAUAAAGGAAGUGUAGCUUUAUCGGUGGGGUCUAAGGUAGAAGCCAGAGACUAUGCCAAUGUAUGGAAUGCCGCAGAAAUAUUAGAAGUUGAUUGUGAUGAAAUGGAAGUUUUGGUUCACUAUGAUAGUCUUGCUAACAAGCCUGAUGAGUGGAUCAGUGUGAGCAGCUCUAGACUGAGACCAUUUAGUGUAAAAUCUAUUGUCCGACCACAAACUACACCUGUUUCUCACAUCGCAGAGAAAAUCACCAAAGAAGAAAUGCCAGAAGAUAAAUUAAAACCAACAUUUGCUAUUGGGGAAAGAUGCCUGGCACGGUGGAGGGACAAUCGGCGCUUUGUUGCCACUAUAAAACAAGUAAUGGAGAAUGGUUCAUAUGAAAUAGUAUUUGAUGAUGGAUUUGCAUGGAAAUGUUCCACAUCAAGAUUGUACAAAUUGAAGGAUACUGGGAAGAUAUCGGAUAAUCUGAGUAUUGAUACAUCAGUCCAUCCCACUGCGAGUCCGGCACAUUCACCGAUUUUGGAGGGAGUCGGGCCAAGUACUGGGACGGGAAUGACAUCAGCUGCCUUACCUCCUUACCAUACCCAUCUCUUCGACCCAGCUCGCGAUUAUUUAGGGUCUAAAAAGGAGCGUCGUGAGAUGAAACGAAAAUUAAAUAUUAAAGAAAUAUUUAACAUCGGGCAAAAGAAGAAAAAGAUGGAAAAACCAGUACAAACUGUAAAACCGGUGAAGCCUGUUACAGAAAAAAAGAAGAGGCCUCACAAUCGUAAAAAACAAGACGUAUCGAAGAGUGUGCCAGAGGCAGUGGCUUCAAUCAUUGGUACUGUCGAGCAAAGCGAAGCAGCUGAUAAAAUUAGUGGCAAUAAACUAAACACAAUCAAUAGUACAGAAAAGGAGAAUGAACCAAAGGUCACUGAGAAAAUGUCUAAGGAUGAAAGUAAAAUUGCAAUAGUUGAUAUGCCUGAACAGGAUAGUUCUGAUCUUUCAGACCCCCAGACCACUGAAAAUAAUAUGUCAAUGGAGACAGUCAGUGAAGAAGAAGCUAAACUAGUGAAAUUUGAUAAACCUGACGAACACAAGCAUGAAGAAGUUCUUGAUAAGAUAAAAGAAGCUAUAAACAAACUAGAAGAUGGUUUAACGGAAAUUAAAAAGGUUGAUUCACCAAAGCCCCAAUUGAAACUUGAAAUUACCAAACUUAUUGUCAAAGAUCACAAUACAAAACCGGAAAUUGUAAAAGAAGAGCCAGUUAAGAAUGAGGUGGUUAAUUCAGAAUUACUGGUUAAUACAGAGUUAGAUAUGAAAGAAGAACAUGUAGAAAAUAUAGUCAAUACAGAAGAAACGGCGAAAGAAAAUAAAGAUGAAGUUAAAGCAUCAACUUUAAAAGAAGUUGUGAAAGAAGAGUUAAAAACCAAAGAAGAUUCAGAAGACAAACCAAAGAAAAAGCUAUCGAAGAUAAAAAAGAGCAAGAAAUUGAGAUUGUUACAGGAGAAGAAAGUUAAGAAGCAAGUGGAAAAAGUUAAGAACGAGCUGCAAGAUAUGAAGAGGCAGAUUGAAGAAAUGCGACUAGCCAUGUUGAAGAAGACGGAGGAGCUAGCGGCCAAGAAUCAGGAAAUGCCAGAGAGUUUCCUCUUGCCAGGGGAGUGGUGCUGCAAGUGGGUGAACGGGCAACCUGUGGGGACUGUCAGUGAAAUGGGAAGUGACACGCCCGUGGAUAGUAAUAAUAAGCCCGGCUUGCCACGACGAAGUGUGCAGGUGGAAGAUAAGAGGUUACCAGAAGGAUGGACUAAGCACAUGGUGAGAAGAAGCCUCGGCCAGUCUGCUGGCAAAUGGGAUGUGGUGUUAGUUGGCCCUGACAAUCGACGGUUUCACACGAAAACUGAUAUGCGUAAUUUUCUGGAAAAUCACGGUGAGUCGCUAAAACGGUAUGAAAAUGCGCUGCUUGACUUCGGAGUACAUCUUAAACUGGCCAGACGAAUGGGCUGGUAUAAGACGACCGGCGAAGAGACGGCGCCGCCCACCGGAAUAAUUACUAACAUGUCACCUCUAGUCAAAAGGAAGAGUAUAGUGAAGAAAGAUAGGAAAGAAAAGAAGAGGAAAUUGAAGAUCAAAUUCAAAAAAUCUAAUUCAGCAUACAGUAUUGCAACAGAUAAUGAUCCUAUAGAAAAUCUAGCAGAACCAACAGAUAUGUCACUUUAUAACACAGAAUUGGAAGAUGGCUAUGUGUUUGUCGGAUCUUUAAAAGUUCAAGUAGUCGAUAACUUACUUCGAUGUCCUGCGGAAGGUUGUUUCAAAGCGUUCAGAAAUAACACUCUCAUCAAAAUGCAUAUAAAACAUUACCACAGAGACCUCCGGAAAAUGCUUGGAGUGACGCCGAAAGUUCUAGAUUUGGCCUACGCUCGUUCCAAGUCGGUUAGCAAGGAGCAACAAAAGAAAAGGCAAGUGCCUACACCUAAAAUUAUCAAAGCCAAGUUGCCGAAGCUUAAGCGGCCCGAGGAACCCAAAUUGGAAGUACAGGGUACGCUUUCGCUCGAACCCAAAGAUGACAGUCCAAAGGCACCCAGGUUGAUCCCUAGAUCUCUGGACUCGCCCAAACUACGUCAGAGCCUACAAGGGAACAAGCCAGUCAAACGACCCAAAGUUCUACUCCCCGUUCGAAGACCAGAGCCCGAGGCCGUAGAUACAGUAGUCGAGUUUGAUGAUGUAAAAAUUACGUUGCCGGACAUACCUCGACAGUUGGACUUCGAAGAGGCCAUAACUACACACACGGUGACUAAACCUGCAGAUUUGAUCAAGGAGAAGCGAACGCCUAAGAUGGAGGAAGAUGAGUCGUUUGCUGCUUCAGACUUCGACACCCGGUCCAGCUGUCCAGGGUCAGCUACACCGGAUUCCAAAAUCAUGGACAAACCAGCAGAGACCGAUCAGUCCAUAUUUGACAAUGUGGAAAAUAAGGAUGCGAACAUGUAUAUGUAUACUGAAACGGGUGAAAGGAUCAAGUUGGAGCGUAUGAAGCGCGAAGAGAUCAUAAACUGCCAUUGCGGCUUCCGCGAAGAGGACGGGCUCAUGGUGCAGUGCGAGCUGUGCCUGUGCUGGCAGCACGCGCUCUGCCACAACAUACAACGCGAGGCCGAGGUGCCUGAGAAGUACACGUGCAGCAUCUGCCUCAACCCGAAGCGGGGUCGUCGCUCCGCGCGGUUCCUGCACGACCAGGACCGGCUGUACGAGGGUCUGCUGCCGGGCGCGCGGGCGUCGGACAGCCUGCGACGAUCUCACGAGCUGUCUGGGAAUUUACUGCGAGUUCAGGACGCGCUGCACGCACUACGCGUUAAAUACUAUGUGGCCACCAAGAAGAACCACCCUAAGUUGUAUCUGUGGGCCAAGGACUGGGAGGCGGCGGAGAUUUCCAUGACACAGGAGCGACUCAACUCUGACUACUCGGACCUCAACAUCAUCAUCAACAACAUCGGCAAGGAGAAUCUGCCGGUGAAGGAUGAUAUGAGGGACUUGCAUCUCGACUUGAGAUCCCUUCCGGAUGACGAUCAUAAGGACUCGCUGCUGAGCCUCGCGAAUGCGCUGUCUAGCCCCGGCGGAACCUCGCUAGAUCUGCCCAUAAGUACGUCCGAUUUGGAACGCCUGGCUAAGAGUGUACAAGAGCAAGAGAGCCCGCGUCGCAUGAUAAUCCCGCAGCCGGAAGCGGCGAUCGACAACGGCGUGUGCCGCGAGCGACUGCUGCGCCACCUCACGCGCUGCCAGGCGCUCAUCGACGCGCGACUAGACUCUAUAGAGGCGCAGGUCGCGGAGCUGGAAUCACAAGACCCAUCGUUUGAAGAUGAUGAAACAGCAGACUACUUCCCCAGGACAAAGCAGACUAUACAGAUGCUCAUGCGAGACCUGGAUACCAUGGAGGAAUUGGGGAUUAUCACAUAGGCUACUACCAUUGUAUAUUGUAAAUAUUGAUUUAAGCAACAAAUAUUCUGACCCUAUUAAAGUUAUUUAUGCUGACAA